UAAAAAUAUUCAGAGUUUUAAGAAAUGAAUUAUAAAGUUUUACAGGCGAAACCCAAAGUCUAUAUUCGAAAUUUAUUGGCGGGCAGAUCGCGUAGCGCAUAGGAGGCAGGCAUUCAAUCUACUCCAUUAUCAUUGUCUGGUACUGGUUAGAGGAAGUAAAACGGAAGUGAAGGAAUGAAGCGUCUAUUUAGAUCAAAAAAGGAGAAGCCGUCUCCUGCAUCUGUGGAGAAGGCUUCGGAGGAGUUGAACAAGAGGGGAGAUGUGGUGAACGAAAAAGUAAAGAAAUUGGAUGCAGAGCUGACCAUGUUCAAAGAGCAGCUGAAGAAAACCAGACCCGGCCCUUCUCACAACGCUCUCAAAGCACGAGCUUUGCGCAUCCUCAAGCAAAAGAAAAUGUAUGAAGGUCAAAGGGAUAUGCUUUACAAUCAAGCUUUUAGCCUUGAUCAAGUUUCAUUUGCAUCAGAGGGUAUAAAAGAUGCUCAACAAACUAUGGUGGCCAUGACAGUGGCAAAAAAGGAGCUUUCUGGAACUUUCCGGACAUUGAAGAUUGAUGAAAUUGAUAAAAUGCAAGAUGAGAUGCUGGAUCUAGCUGGUUACCGUUCUGAGAUUCAGGAUUCUUUGGGUGAAAGUUACUCAGUACCUGAUCAUUUGGAUGAAGAACUAAUGGGAGAACUAACUGCUUUAGAAGAUGACAUGGUAUCCGAAAUUCACAAUGAUCAAAUGCCUGCAUAUUUGCAACCUGAGAAAGCACAUGAGCUUGAAGCUGGUUUUGAAUUACCAUCUGCACCUUUUGAACAUGGACCAACUAAGCUUCAGCAUACUACCCAGGGUGUAGAUGAAGAUGAUCUUCCCGCUGCCCCUAAAGCGUCUUCGAUUAAAACUUGAUCCAUGCGGAAAUUGAGUAGAGUGGACUCAUUUUGAAUACGUCCAAAAUAACAAAAUUCUGUAUAUAGCAGCGUUUCUUCACAAUUUUUAUAGUGAUAGAUGUUUUGAUAACAUUCUUUAUCAUAAUUUGUAAGGAUACUAGAAUGCUAAGUAGAAGAUUAUUCUUUUCUGUUUAAGAGAUAAGUUAGAUGAUUAGUUUGUGAUUCAUCCAUUUCUUUCCAGUUAGAGCAAAAUCUAAUAGAACAUUGCAGUAUAAGUUUUUGUCUGAUAACUGGAAACAAGAAAAGUGUCAGGCUCGCCAUGCUGCGUUUAGCCUACAAUAGAUGUUGAAACUACAACAAAUAGCUAUAUACCUUGUAAGGAUUGUCUAGUCUUGGACCAGAUAAGUUGUUACUCUGUUGCCUGCUGGAUGUUGACAUUCUAUUGAGAUCAGUCCCAUUAACACUACAACCAUUCCUUA